GGCACCUCACCUGAUGAAUUUCAACAUCUACUUCUGAGUCUUUGUAUUUGCCAAACAAGGUAGAAAUGACACUGCACUGUUUGAAAUAAGAAUCAGCAUCAUCUCGUGGGAAUAGUUGUGCUUACCUGAGAGGGUUCCCAGUGUGUAUUCAUUCUGUGGCUUUUUAUUCAGUAUUUAUGGAAAUAUUUUAAUCUCUGCCGUGGGACGAGUCUAGGAUACCAUGGGAUUCAAAGCUCUUUGUUUGGGGCUUUUCUGUGUUAGCUUUUUAUCUUAUAUUUAUACACCCAUGCCUGACAACAUUGAAGAAACCUGGAAAGUAAUGGCCUUGGAUGCAGUGGCUAAAACUUGUUCCCUUAUGGCUCUGUGUCUUGAAAACAUAGGUGUUAUGAAAUAUGAAGAAUUUCUCUCCAUGAUAAUCAGUCUGGAUUACACAGAACCACAUUCGGAUGAACACAUCACAGUAACUGAUACUACCUUUGUUGACAUUCCUGUGCGUUUGUACUUACCCAAGAGAAAGUCAGAAGCCCCAAGACGAGCUGUGAUCUAUUUUCACGGAGGAGGUUUUUGUUUCGGGAGUUUUAAGCAGAGGGCUUUUGAUUUCCUGAACAGAUGGACUGCAAACAAACUUGACGCUGUUGUUGUCGGAGUAGAUUACAGGCUAGCUCCUCAAUAUCAAUUUCCUGCACAAUUUGAAGAUGGUAUCACAGCAGUCAAGUUUUUUCUUCAGGACAAAAUUCUUACAAAGUAUGGAGUAGAUCCUACCCGAAUUGCUAUAUCAGGAGACAGUUCUGGAGGAACUCUGGCUGCAGCAGUGACACAGCAGGUGCAGAAUGAUCCUGAAGUAAAGCAUAAAUUCAAGCUGCAAGCCCUUCUAUACCCUGGCUUACAGGUGAUUGACACUCUAUUGCCCUCUCAUCGAGAAAAUGAACAUGCUGUAGUUCUGACAAGGGACAUAGGCAUUAAACUUGUGAGUUUGUUUUUCACCAAGGAUGAGGCACUUCCACAGGCAAUGAGAAAAAACCAGCACAUGCCUCUGGAGUCCAGACAUCUGUUCAAGUUUGUCAACUGGAGUACUCUUCUCCCUGACAAAUUUAGAAAGAACCAUGUGUACACUGAGCCUGUGCUUGGAAGAUCGGGUGUCUCCCUGCCAGCGCUGAUGGACCACAGAGCAUUGCCCUUGAUAGCCAAUGAUGCUCGAUUACAGCACUUGCCACGAACAUAUAUUCUUACCUGUCAAUAUGAUAUCCUGAGAGAUGAUGGGAUUAUGUAUGCUUCAAGACUUCAAAAUGUUGGAGUCCAAGUUGUUCACGACCAUGUUGAGGAUGGAAUCCAUGGAGCCUUAUCAUAUAUGGCUUCGCCGUUUUACUUACAUCUAGGGCUGAGGAUAAAAGAUAUGUAUGUUAGUUGGCUGGAUAAGAAUUUAUAAUUACAGUUUUCCUCAAUGAAGUUUAAUUUUGGAAAUAUUUUAGUGGUGAAAAGAACAAUAUAAUUCAAAAUUGAUUUGAAUCAAUUAUAAGUUACUAUGUGUUCUUGAACUAAUUAUCAUAACUGAGGGCUUUUUCACCUGGCCUCAGU